AUGAUUCCGUCGAACGUGUCGAACGUGUCGAACACAUCCACUGACGCCCCUAACGCAUCCAUUGACUCCAUUGACUCCUUACUUAUCUCCAAUAAGGCCAAGAUCAAAGAGAUCCUUAACCACUCUUACUCCAAUGAUGACUCUCUGCUUUUUGGUACCUUAUCUCUUCUCCAAUCUCGUUGUAUUUCUUAUAUUUUGCACGGUUUUGUCAAUGCCAGUAAAGAUGAUGAUUCAUCUUCCAUUCAAUUGGCUCAAAAUGUAAACCCUUCUUCUCCUAUUAUGUCCUCUGAAGAAGUCAUUGGUCGUAUUUGGAUAGAUAUUCAUCAUCCUUCUAUCAAAUACUUUCAGGCACAAUUCUUGUAUGCUAAUAAGGACUUGUCCAAUCGACGCGAUAGAAGGGGCAGACAUUCAGGCUCGCCGUCUUCCUCUAUUGUCGAGAUCCGUAAGCUCUUCGACCAUUUUGUGAAGUUUAUCAGCCGCUGUCGAGAGUUUUAUUUGACUCUACUUCAUGAUAUAUUGCGCCGUUACGAUUUAUCCAUUUAUAUACCAGUUAGAAAGGUUUGUACAACUUUGAAACUAGACGAAACAGAAUUCAUCUCCCACUCUGAUUGCCAAACUGCCUCAGAUAUUGUUCCCAAAGUCGUCUAUGUGGUUCACAAGUGUGUACUAUACAUUGGAGACUUGUCCAGAUAUAGAGCAUUCAUUGCAAAGACUUAUUUGCCCUCUACAGCCAUCUCUAAAGAAGAUAACAACAACUACAGCAAGUCAAUAGAAUUGUACAAGCUUUCCUUGUUGAUCCUUCCAUCUCUGGGUGAUCCUUACAACCAUAUCGCUAUCAUAGACAAUUUUAAAGACGAUAAAUUCAAUGUCGUAUACAAUUUUGUCAGAUCUUCGAUGACUAGCAGUCCACUAAGUGUUGGCUUUAACAAUCUAAUCAAUUUAUUAGCCAAGCAACCUAAACAGAACUCCAUAUUGCACAAGUUUGAGUCCCAUAAUGCUCUAGACCGUGAUACCAUUACCAAGAACGAUCGUAUGGAGUUACUGAAGUCUCAGUUUCUUGUCUUACUUAGCUAUUAUCUUUUACCAAAUAAGUGGAAGAUGAAGGAAGGGUUCCUUGUUAAAGGGUAUGAUAUUCACGGAAUUGAGACAGAUUUUUACCAUUUGUUGGCGAAAUUGGAUUUCCACAAACAGAUCUUCAAUGACUUCUAUUUCAAGCAGUUGGCUAUUCUCACUGGUGGCUUUGAGAUUCUUAUUGAUCGUAGAAUGGCUCAUCUGGACCUCAGGCAAACUCCUCAGAGUAUUUCAUCUUAUUUGGACUUCAUAUUCCGCUAUUUGCUUACUUUGCUCAAAGUUCUCUUGUUGAACCUAAAUAAGAGAUCAACCACUCCAAAUAUCUCCACUAGUUUGUUGCCGGUGACUCGGUUGAUGCUCUGCUGGAUGAAGGAGCGUGAAUUGGCACGCUAUUAUCUACUUCAGAACCUUCCCUGCACCAAUGCAUUGGCUGAGAUCUUCAAUAGUGCGGUAAUAUUUUUCAAGGAGAACUCUGGAGUGUUGGACGAGGUCGAUUCUGGUUCAUAUAAGGAGUUACUCACUUCAGGUAAGCUAUUUGAAGAUAGACCCUCGCGUCGUCGUCUUUUCAAAGAGGAUGUUACUUUGAAAGAAUUCAAGCCUGUUAACUUCUAUCUAAGUGACUUCGAUGAUGAUCAUUUGUAUAGAAAGGAUGAGACUGCUACCUUGGCUCUCAUUGGUGAGUUGCCCAACGAAUCUCAUAAGAGUAUGAAGCUCAAUGACAAUAUGUUGAGGCUUAUCGCCAUUUGUUGUCUUGCCAAGAAGCUUGUUAUGCAAAACACCGUUGGCAUUGUGUUUAGUGAGGAUACUGGUUUGUUUUCUCUUAAGUAUGAGACUGACCUUUGUCUUGAAUCUGGGACCAAUAGUAACGUUGUAAAGCCUAUUAGUGAGAGGGCUACCGACGGCGUUAUUGGUGGCAAUGAAUAUUCAGCUGAGAGGUUUAGGCGCAGAAAACCGGCGGUUAGGUCGAAUACUUAUCGGGCUCAAAAGCAGUAUGAAGCAGACAUUACAGAAGGCCAAGGCUUAGAGGAUUCUUUGUUUAAUGCUGAGGCACGUAGAACUGAUACUAAAGGUGGUGUCGCUCAAUCUGGUAGGUUUGUUGAUAUGGUUUCGUCGUUGGUAAGCAAAGAUUCCGUAAGCUCUGAAAAGCAGGCACCUCCAGUCACGGGCAAGCAGCCUUUGACGAAUUCAGGAGUUGAUCAGCCUUUUAAUUUGCUUUCUAGAAGUAUCUGGUCCAAUCAACCGGCAAAGUCUGACUCUUCUGCACCUAUUAAAGUCGCUGACAGUAUCCAUUCAUCUACUUCAUCCAAUUCCCCUUCAAUCGCUCCUGAGGCUUCUAAUCAAGUGCCAAUGAAGCCUAUGCUGUUCCCGCAGUAUAAUUUGAACUAUCUGAAUGGGUUCAACGGGUUGAGUGUGCCAACGCAGGUUCAACCCCCUAUGCAGCAGACUAAUCAGACUCAGCCACAGGAACAGCCGUAUAUGUUUAACUCGGGGGGAAUGGCUACUCCUGUUAUGGCCCCAGCUAUGUCUCCUAUGGAUCUUAACCUAAACAUGAACAUGGCUAUGAGUUCUCUGAUGCUUAAUACGGGAUCUAACUUAUCUGGAAUUCCAUUUAAUAGCUUCCAGCAAAGCUCAUCGGACCAAGCACAGCGGACUCGGACUCAGACUCAGCCCCAACAGAACCAACAAGUUCUGAAUGAACCAGUAAAUGCAACGAUAAGACAUAAUACUCACAGCCUCUUCCGUGAUGAGUUUGGUACUAAUCAAGGUACCGGACAUCAGUAUAGUUUCUGA